UAAACAUUUUCCAAAAUGGCGUCCAAGAAGAAGAAAAGAAAGUACAGCGAGUCUAUGCAACGUUGUAAACCGGAACUGAUGUUUGUUGAAAGUCCAGUUCAAGGCUUAAAGCAUUAUUCUACACCUGUGCAAGCUGCGAGAAACCCUCACAUGGCGCCAUCUAUACCAAUUGAUGAUAUGUCACACAAUUGGGUUUCUCCCCAGUUUCCUGCAAUCUCWUCACCAAGAUUUAAAAAAGGCAAAAGACAGACAAGACACAAGAAGAUUAAUGAAAUAGAUAUUUCUARAAUGCACUUAGUAAUUCCUACUUUGGAUUUUGAAGACAAAAGGAAUGGACAUUCAAAAAAUCAACAUUUUUUGUUUCAAAAUGCAAGUGGUUUUGCUCAACAGCUGAAUAGCAAGGAAGUUCUUGUAAGUGAAACUCCUGAGAAUUCUUCAUUUCCUGUGGUCUUAAGACGAUUCAGAGGCUCGAAUACAAAAGGAAGAAAAUUGAAAACUUUAAAAAGUUGUGAAAAUUAACAACUUCUUUUUCAAGAUCUGUCAAGAAAUGAAUGUGAUCAGGGAUUGGAUAUAGCUUUUAUCUACUAAUAAAUAAAUUAUAGACCUAAUCGGCUAAMGCGUUGCUACUGUAUAUAAUCGUUUUAUCCCAAUUCAAACCACCAGGGCUGAAUACUGAGUUUCAUUGUUGGUURUAUUUUCAUGUCAAAGUUGAAUUCUUAAAAACAAGUUCUUUUUCCCACAUAAUUUGAAUUGGGAGGUAACAUAMAUGUCAACGCUUUAGCUGAUUAGAUCUAUGAAUAAUGACAAAGAAAUUGAGUCAUCUCUAGAUUUAAAAACAAAUUUAAUUGUAGAUGUUUUGAUUGCAACUGCGAACUUCUUCAGUACUGCGGCAAAAUGCAAAGUAUGCGAAUUCAAUUUUGUUUUUCAAGCUAGAGACAACUCAAUUUCUUUGUCAUGCAAUAUCCUAGCUGCAACUUUAAAAUACUUCAUCUAUUAAUAAUGUUUAAUGUUGAUUUGAUAAGCUCAUUAAAAGUGUACUGUCAAGUAAUAUUGAGAGAGACGUGAUGGUCUAGUGGUUAGGCGACCGGACUCAGGUCUGAAGGGCCCGGGUUCGAUUCCCAGGCCGGACAAUCACGUUGUGUCCUUGGGCAAGAUACUUUACUCUUUCACUGCCUCGUCUUCUCGGAUACGGACGUAAAGCCGGAGGUCCCGUCUGCUUUCACUCUAACCCUGUUAUAAGGUGGACGUAAAAGAACCACUGAGGACGUAAACAAAUCACUGGCAGUGACCACCCUCAGUGACUUACUUACUUGAACUAACUCACACUCAUGAUUGCAAGCUGCGUGGCUGCUGUGCGCCUUAAAUAGAGGUCUGACCACAUAUUAUUAUUAUUAAUGUAAAAUAUCCCAGCAUUAUUUGAAGAGUAUAUGCCAUAAAUCACAGCAUAGAUUCUGAUGAUAACCUUCAGAUGCAUGUUAUGCUUAGAGUCACAUAGAUGUACAUUAAUUUUACAAAACCAACUCUUGAGCACUGGUGUUAGAAMGACUUUUCACAACUCGRAAACUGAUGUGCCUGCCUUCGUUUUGUGAUGGUGCCAAUGUUAUCCAUUUACCAAACCAACAGGUCCCAAAGACCUUUCUUUACACAAAGUYAUUGCAUGUUUGUGGGUUGUGGCCCCCAUUUUUGUGUUAGCAUGCCCCAUGACAGCCACUAGUUCCACCAGCUUCUUGCAGUUCUUGGAUACAGGAUUUCAUGACUCUUUGGUAAAUUGCUGGAUUCUCCCGUCGAAUAUUUCAAUGAUAGAGACAUCAAAUCGAAAUUUGAUCCCGAUAUCAAGCAAUCUAUAUUGCUACAAAUGUGACACUGUGGAUAAAAUUCAGAUGAACAAGACAAAGUUUCUUCUCAGUUGAACCACGCCUGAUCAUGGCACACAGUCAAAACUGGCUGGUUUUUGCUCAGACGGGCAACAGAUUAAGUCGUUCUUUUUUGUUUAACUUUGCACCAAGUCGGCUGCCUAAAUAAUGAUUUUUCGUUAAGCACUCUUAAAAUAAGAAAACAGCCUGAUCACAAAAAGUGGGUGUUCUUAUUUGCAGAUUAACCUUACUGUAAUAUCAAUUACGGUCCGCUUAAGGCCGCAGAUUCACAAGUAUACAUCUAUAUUAAAAAUGCCUGAGUCUUGUUCAAAAAG